AUGUUCCGUACCCAGGCGUCCCGGUUGUUUGCAACCUCGGCCAGAGCGUUCAACGCUGCUGCCCCAAAGAGCGCCAAAAAGGCCUCCGUGGGUCCUAUCAGACGUACUUUGAAGGUGCUCGGUGGAGCCGCUCUCUUUUCCACCGUUGGCGCGGCAGCCUACAUUGGAUACAAGGUCCACAAGGAGUCGUAUCCUGCGGACCAGGAGAAACAGGUGGCCACCUUCGAGGACGGCCGCAAAAAGAAGACAUUGGUCAUCUUGGGAUCUGGCUGGGGUUCGAUUCCACUCUUGAAAAACUUGGACACGUCUUUGUACAAUGUUGUGGUGGUGUCGCCACGGAACUACUUUCUUUUCACGCCCUUGUUGCCCUCUGUCCCCACGGGAACCGUGGAGUUGAGAUCCAUUAUUGAGCCCGUGCGCUCCAUCACCAGAAGAUGUGCCGCCGAGGUCAUCUACUUGGAGGCCGAAUGUACAAACAUCGACCCUGUCAACAACAAGCUCACGAUCAAGCAGUCCACCACGGUGCACUCCGGCCACUCUGGUACCGACUCCGGCUCGUCCAAGCUGACUUUCUCCGAGGAGAUUGUCACCUCCUUGAACUACGACUACUUGGUUGUGGGCGUUGGCGCACAGCCCUCGACCUUUGGAAUCCCAGGUGUAGCGGAGCACUCGACUUUCUUGAAGGAGGUCAGCGACUCCACCAAGAUCAGAAGAUCCUUGAUGGACAUCAUCGAGGCCGCCAACAUCCUCCCCCUUGACGACCCAGAAAGAAAGAGAUUAUUGUCCAUUGUCGUGUGUGGCGGUGGGCCAACCGGUGUGGAAGUCGCCGGUGAGCUCCAGGACUACAUCGACCAGGAUCUCAAGCAGUGGAUGCCUGAGGUGGCCAACGAGUUGAAUGUUACCUUGGUCGAGGCCAUGCCUAAUGUUUUGAAUAUGUUCAACGCCAAGUUGGUUGAGUACACCAAGCAGGUGUUCCAGGAUACCAACAUCGACUUGAAGACGAACCACAUGAUCAAAAAGGUGGAUGACAAAAAAGUGUACGCUGAACACAAGGGCCUGGAUGGCACCACGAACAUGACAGAGAUUCCUUACGGCAUGUUGAUAUGGGCAACCGGAAACGCGCAAAGACCCAUCGUUAGGGACUUGACGUCCAAGAUCGACGAGCAAAGAAACGCUAGAAGAGGCUUGUUGGUCAACGACCAUAUGUUGCUUGACGGUACUGACAACAUUUUCGCCUUGGGAGACUGCACGUUUACUAAAUACGCGCCUACUGCCCAGGUGGCCUUCCAGGAGGGUAUUUUCUUGGCUGGACACCUCAAGAAAUUGAACGACAUCGAGGCCCUCAAACACAAGAUCCAGUCGCCUUCUGCGCAAGACAACAUCGAGAGAUUGUCCAAGAAGUUGGUUAAAUUGGAGAACUCACUCGAACCUUUCAAGUACAACCAUCAAGGCUCCUUGGCUUACAUUGGUUCCGAAAGAGCCGUGGCCGACGUGGUCUGGGGUGACUGGUCCAAUGUGUCCUCCGGUGGUACGUUCACCUAUUUGUUCUGGAGAUCCGCGUACAUCUAUAUGUGUCUCUCGGUGAAGAACCAGAUCUUGAUCUGUUUCGAUUGGGCCAAACUUUCCAUGUUUGGUAGAGAUAUUUCCAAAGAGUAG